UUUUUUUUCUCUCUCUCUUUCAUAUAUACACAUAUUUAUUUUAUUUUAUUUUUUACUACAGCUAUAAUAUAAAUUAGAAUGCGCUCAAAAUUUAAGGAUGAACACCCUUUUGAAAAACGUAAGGCUGAAGCGGAAAGAAUUCGACAAAAAUAUCCCGAUCGUAUUCCAGUUAUAUGUGAAAAAGUAGAAAAAAGUGAUAUUCCUACAAUUGAUAAAAAAAAGUACUUGGUUCCUGCAGACUUGACUGUGGGCCAGUUUGUUUAUGUGAUCAGAAAAAGGAUCAAGUUAAGUCCAGAAAAGGCUAUUUUUAUCUUUGUGAAUGAAAUACUACCACCCACUGCAGCUCUUAUGAGUGCGAUAUAUGAAGAGCAUAAAGAUGAAGAUGGCUUUUUAUAUAUCACCUAUUCUGGCGAAAAUACAUUUGGAUUCUUUUAAGUGUGUAAAUUAUGUAUACUUAUAUAACUAACUGAAUACAUAUAAAUAUAUAGUAAAUAAAUGUCGACAAAAAAAAAAGCUAAAUAAUCCCCUCCUUAUUUUUUUUCCCUGAAUUCAAUAAUCUAGUAAAAAAAAAAAAAACGAAAAAAAGAAAAGAGCAUAAAAUAAUGUUGAUCAAAUUCACUUUUCUUUUUGAUUUUAUUGCAA